UCUCGGAGAAGAGAGUCUGGCGAUGAUGCGUGCGUGAGCCAAGAGUGCGACCACACGCCGGGAGAGAUGUAGACAUACUCCUCUAGCAACAUCUGACAAGUAGUGAGAGAAAGGGGCGGGGAGAGAGAGAGAGAGAGAGAGAGAGAGAGAGAGAGAGAGAGAGAGAGAGAGAGAGAGAGAGAGAGGGACCAAGUGGAGGCAAGCGACCACAUCGGGCAUUAGGUGACUGGACCGGUGGAGAAAUUCCUCAUCCCUCCCCAGGCAGAGGGUCUAAACGGCCAAAACCAUUGUGAAGGAUGGAGCAGCAUUCAGCAAAGAAAGUGAGCACGAUGUCAGCUUGCAUGGCGUGGCUUCUAUUUACCCUUCUUCUGUUUGGAUGCCAAAAUGGCGGCUGUCAGUCCUCCCCCGAGGCUCAAAAGGAGGCGGCCACAAGCGACAACAGCACAGUGUUCACCAGGAUCCUGGAUGGGCUCCUUGAUGGUUAUGACAACAGGCUGCGGCCUGGUCUUGGAGAGAACGUCACAGAGAUCAAGACAGAUAUUUUUGUCACAAGCUUCGGCCCAGUGUCUGACACAGAAAUGGAAUACACCAUUGAUUUGUUCUUACGUCAGACUUGGAAGGACGAGCGCCUGCGCUUCAAAGGGCCAAGGGAGAAGUUGUCCUUGAACAACCUGCUUGCCAGCAAUAUUUGGACACCUGACACGUUUUUCCUCAAUGGCAAGAAGUCCAUUGCUCACAACAUGACCACACCGAACGAGCUGCUGAGGUUCACUGAUGACGGCACUCUCCUUUACACUAUGAGACUGACGAUAUCAGCCGAAUGUCCAAUGCACUUGGAGGAUUUCCCCAUGGACGUCCACGUCUGCCCUCUGAAGUUUGGCAGCUAUGCCUAUCCGGUGUCUGAGGUGGUUUACAGGUGGACUAAAGGUGCUGCCUGGUCUGUGGUGGUGGCAGACGACGGGUCAAGACUCAACCAGUACAUUCUGAUGACCUCAAUUGCCGGCACAGAAGACAUACAUACAAGCAGAGGCCAGUAUACAGUCAUGACGGUUCACUUCUACCUGAAAAGGAAGAUUGGAUAUUUUGUCAUCCAGACAUAUAUCCCAUGUUUUAUGACUGUAAUCCUGUCCCAGGUGUCAUUUUGGCUAAAUAGAGAAUCUGUUCCUGCACGGACAGUUUUUGGGGUGGCCACAGUGCUGACAAUGACCACCCUCAGCAUCAGCGCCAGAAACUCCCUCCCUAAAGUGGCCUACGCUACAGCAAUGGACUGGUUCAUUGCCGUCUGUUACGCAUUUGUCUUCUCGGCCCUUAUUGAAUUUGCAACGGUGAACUACUUCACCAAGAGGAGUUGGGCGUGGGAUGGCAAGAAAGAUCUGGAAGCACAGCACCCAAAGAAACGGGACCCCAUGGUGCUGUCGAAAAAGUCCAAUAACGUUUGCUCGGCAGCCCUCAACUGCACGCCGAACAUCACCAAGGACGUCUCAAUCUCUACCAUGUCCAACACAGCAUCGCUGCAGCUGCAAGCCUCUGAGCUAAAGAUGGCGGACCCCUACAACAGUGUCAGCAAGAUUGAUAAAAUGGCUCGGAUAGUGUUUCCUGUUCUCUUUGGAACCUUCAACCUUGUCUACUGGGCCACCUAUCUAAAAAGGGAACCAGUGACAAGGGAGUUGUUCCUUGCCCUAGUCCUUUUUGAAAUUUUUGAUUCAGGUUCAUCCUGAAGGGAAAAAUAACUCAGAAAUACUUGAAAAAGGCUGCUGGACUCCUGACGUAUUUUGAAUGGCCCUAAGUUCUUUUUGACAGCACCGUAAACGCUGAUUGGUGCUAUUUAUCUUGCUCGUCCAUUCUGCUGCGGGCCGCAUGACGCAUUCCUUAGAAGACAACUGAGAACACAAUGUAUCUGCCAAUCACAGCUUGAAGCACAGGAGCACGCCACUGCUCUUACUUGGCAAAGGUUUUUUUUAAAUGUAGUGAUACAAAAAAAUCUUUUGGUCGUUAUGCGUUGAUGAUUUGCUUUCACGUCCCCUUUUUUUGUUUGCUUUUAAAGUGAACUUUUUUUCUGUUGGAGUGAGUCAUCUUGACUUGAACAUUCAAACCUUCCAUGUUAGAUCUGGUUUCCCAAUGCUGGGAGUAACAGGGAAAAAAUCUGUGCGGAGAUAGAGGUCUAGCUUUGCAAGGGAUUUCUGAAAAUUGAAAUCAUCAACUUGGGAAAUUCAAUGUGGAAAAAUUCUUCUCUCAUAAAACUUUCAGUUUCAUUUAGGGCAUACCAACAAGAAUAUUAAUAAAAAUGUCUUGGCCCACUUUUACUGGAUGACUGGACAGAUGUAAAUAAUGUGUUCUACACUGUAAUUUCCCAUGUGCGUGCUAAAUUAAAUUUGAGCCUGUAUAGCUAAAGUAAAGUGUGAAAAUCGAUUCACAGAUGAGUGAUCAAGUCUUGGUUCGACUAGCAAUGUUGAUGCCGAGACCGAGAGGAUGUAUUACCAGCCCAGCAUAGUGAAUCCAACGUACAAAGUCCAACAUUUUCAACAAGCCUGUUUCUGCAACAACCCCUUUUUUUGUUCAUGCAAAUCCGGAAAAGUAGAAAUAUUUGAUUUAAUCCAAUACAACACCAAAGAGAGGCACAGCUGUAUCUGAUAACUUGUUUUUAAAACACCAUGAAUAACUGCUGGUAUGGCUUAACAUUAUGGUUGUUGUAUUUUGCAAAUCUCUUUUUAUGUUUGUGCAAUAACUCUUUGGGGAGGAGGCUCGUUAAAUUUGAAAAUGCAGUUUUUUGUUUUAUUCCUACAGUCAAAGUAGUGGUACAGCAGUUUGACAGCAGGCCACUUUAAAGAGGAAGUCACCCCAACAUAUUUCUUUACAAUAACAUGUUGUAUAUACCCCCUACCUGUCUUAACACAACAUUUUGAUUAAUAUGUAUUGCGUUUGUGGGCUACGAGUCAGGCAGCACAAUUCACCCAUUUUUAUCCAUCUCAAGGGGCAGCCAAUUUGCCAGUUGCUGUCAACUAAAAAUGACAUCACAAUUGCAAGGUCUCGGGUCACAACCAAUCGUGGCUAAGCUUCAGAAAACUGGUGAGGCGUGAUUGGUUGUGACCAGAGACCUGGUAACUGUACCUGAUGUCAUUUUCAGUCAAAGGGAAGUGGCAAAAUGGUCACUCCUUUGGAUGGAUGAAAACAGGUGGAUUUGUCCUGUUUGAUUCAUAUUCCACAAAUGAAAUAUUAAUAAGAAAAUUGUGUUUCAAAUAGUUGGGCUGCACAGAACAUAUUGGGAAAAAAUGGUGAUUGAUUUCCCCUUUAACACUGUUUUUAGUCAUUGUGGUAUAAACUCAAUGACACAGCCUGCUGCUUUGAGCAAUUACCAAAGUGAAUUUGGUUUGUUGUCAAAGGGAACUUUCUGCUGAUGAAAAGAUGAUGGCUUGCAGCGCCAUGUCAAUAAAGAUUAGCUGUGCUGUACCCGCUUUGCUUUGUGACUCGACAAUCGUUUUCUUUAUAUUAUUUGUGCCCGUGGCCAGUGAAGAACAAUUGAAAGGCUUCCAUAGCAACCGUGACCAUCACAUGUGCUCUUCUUAAAUCUAAACAUCAUUCAAGACUUUCUUAAAGGGGCAGUGUGUAGAAUGUUUAGAUUUUCCAAUGUUCAUUUAUUAAAAAAAAAACCCUCUUAAUUUCAACAAUAUGCACAAAAAAUGUCCACAUACUUUUAAAAAAAAGUUUUGUAUAUAUACUCAUAGGUCUUGUAAUCACUAAUUAUAGUAGUACAAUGUUUGCGCCUCACCAAACAGGAUGCUGCCAUAUUUCUGCUACAGAUACUCAAAAUGCAUGCGUUUAGGUCUUGCAUUCGAUUAUUUAAAAAAUCUGUACACUAUCUCUUCAAGUUCUGCAGCAAAAUUAUUGUUGUUGGGUAAUUUGUGCUUUGUUUCAUGUACGAUACCGAUUUAAAUGAAUGAAAAACUGUUGGAAACAUAAUGUUGGAAAUGUUGGACAUGUGAAAUCAUAAAAUGUUUUAUGCA